AAUUUUUUUAUUAAAAAAUGAUCUCAACUUUUACUUGUCUUCUUUUGGCAUGUUUUGUUGAUUUGUCGCAACAAAAGUCCCAACAUUUGCCAACAGUCCUUUUACCUUCAAUCUUUCAUUGGGACGCAAGCAAUUUUAUUUACAUCACUCCUACACAGUCGACCUUGAGCGAGAAAUCUGUAGAUAUCAAUUUACGAGUUGAAGGCGAAAGUAUUCAUGGAAAUAAAACACUGAUUUUUAGCGAGACAAUUCGCCAGAGGGAAGGAAUACAACAACACUUUAAAAUUAAUAUACCCAGACUCGACACAUCAAAAAAUUUAUUUAAAAAUUUUUACGUCUCCAUAAAGAUUGAUGGUCAUUCUCCAUUUUCUACAGUUUUAGCUGGUGCACCUGAUAUAAAUCUGAUUAAUAUACAAACAGAUAAAUUAUUUUAUAGGCCAAAUGAGAGAAUUAAUAUAAGGGCGCUGCCAUUGACAAAUAAUAGACAGAUUUAUAAAGGACCUGUUCAAUUCCAGUUACUGGAUCCUAACGGAUUUCGUAUUUUUAACAAAACUAACAAUGGAAAUUUAUAUUAUGAUAAUGAUGACAGUCUAGAAUUGGAAGAGAAUGAUGAUGCUAAUAGCUUGUCUGAUAAUAAUGAUAAAAGUCAAACUGAUGGAUUUCUAAGAGAAUAUUUUGAUUUGCCCAAAUUUCUUCGUUACGGUAAUUGGAAAGUGGUAGCCUUUGCUGGAGAUUACGAACAUGGCUCUUCUAGCCGUUUUCAUACUACAAUUCGUGUGGAAGAAUAUGGCUAGUCAAUCUAAUUUUUCAACUUAAAUUUAAAUAAUAUUUUUAGAACUCC